ACAUAUCGCUGAACGCGCCGAAUUCACGUACAAUUAAGAACGGAAAGUGCACGGAGCCAUACAGUGCUUGGAUUACGGUUAACUCUACGUGUGUGAAAUAAGUGAAAUUUGAGUCUAUUUAUGUAGACCUUUUCUUGAUAUUUUCGUGCGAGUGUUGAAAAACAAAGAAAGAAAAUUUUCAAAUUGUAUAAAAGACUAAGAAGUGACAAAACGGCACCUUUACAAAGGCAGCUGAAAUAAAAAUAAGAAAAAAAACUGUAAAAACUACUUUAAUUAAUUUGAUUAAUAAAGUGUUACAACAAAAAAUAACUGUGUGCUAUUAAGUUUUAAUAGUUAAAUCCACUUCAAAAAAGAAAUCAAAUCAAAAUGCAUAUAACGCUGCGAAUAUUAUUGCCCACACUUCUUGUUUGCGGCGUGCUGGCCAAAAGCCAUGCCUAUUGCUCACUGGAAAAAAUGAAGAUGUUCGCCAUGGAAGCGUGUGAGCACCUAUUCCAACAAGAUGAGGGUAGAGAGAAGCGUUCGCUGCCCCUGCCAUACGAACACAAUUACAUACAUCACAAUGAAUAUCCAAAAUUGAAUGAUAAACGUCACUUCAUCAGCCGCAGCUUAUACCCACAUGGUGGCUAUCUGAAAGUGGGCCAAGAGCACUUCAAAAUUCUGAGUAAAGUCGAUGUCUUUCCACGUUACAAGCCGAAAAAGCUGCAUCACGACAAGAAGGGACGCUACAAGCGUGAACAUGCGCUCAGCUACAACAACAUACCAUAUUGCUGUUACAACAAAUGUGAAGAGGAUUUCUUCUGCUAAGCUUUCUGUAGACAACACAGCUUUAAAGCUUUAAAGCCAGUCAGGCGAUAGCAAGCAAGAUAAACAUUCCAGCUAAUAGCCGUUAAAUACAUAAUAUUUAUACUAUUUUAAAUGUUUUUUUUUUUUUAAUAUAGUUUAAUAAUUGUAAAUAUUGCUUAAGCUUAGAGAAAAGUAAUAAUUGGUAUGAUUAUCCUAGUAGCGCAGCAGAGCGCACAAUGCACCAUGUGUACCUUAUUAAUUAAUAUUUAUUAAAUAGUCUUUACAAACGAAUGUAUGUGUAUAUAUGUAUGUGUAU